AUGUUUAAAAAUAUUGUAUGUAAUAUAAUUUACUUCACGUUGAUAUUCAAUUUUACUUUUUCAAUGAUAAAUAAUCCGGUUGAUGAUAAUAGUAGAAACAUUGUUAAUAAUAAUCAAGGCGUUGGGACUCUAAGUUUUCGAGGCCUUAAAUUUGGAAAGACUCAAGAUUUUGGAAUGAUGGACGAAGAUGAAGAAGAGAGGAGUCAGAAAAAGAGUACAUUAAUAUCACACCAGUUAAUAUGA